GUAGGGGUGCGCACCCCCCAGGCUAACCCUGUGUGAGCAGCAGGUUUUGCUGAGAGCCCCGGGGUGCAUAGGGUUCUAGGUCCCCUUACAACGAUCAAUAAAAUCCAUAGGUAAUAUUGUGUUACCCCCACAGGGGAAUAUUGGAAAAUAGAAAAAAAAACAAAACAUUACCCUUAGGGUACUUUUUACAACUUUUCAAUUGGUCUGUAUUAUUUAAUAAUUUUAGAUGUAUUAAAUUGGAUUUGUUUUUCUGCUCUCAGGCUUGGAACGUAAUACAUGUAUCUGGCUGCAAGGGGUUAAUUACCAUAGCAACCAUGAGCAGUCUUCAAUUAAAAAAGGAAGGUGAACAGUAGAAAGCUUAAGUUUAACUAUACAAAAUAAGAUUGAUAAGAAAAGAGUUGUUUGGUUGUGAGCUCAGAGUCCCUACGGAACAAGGCACAUGGUACUGGGGAAAAGAUCCAGUUACAUCGGUACCGGAACAGCCCGUACCACAUGGCCUCAUCGCAUCACUUUGUUUGUGGGCGGCACCCACACACCGCCCCUUGGGCACUUAGACACGCCCAUCUGGAGCCGCCGCACAGUGACCACUCCCCAUUCACGCCCACCCUGUGCUUCCGUUGGCUAAAAAGCGAUUACAUCUGCUCGGCUCCGCCCCCGCCCCGCCUGACUCCCCUACUGUCCUGUCAGUGUCCCCGCCCCAAGCUGGCAGUGCGCGUACCCGGCCGGAUGAGGAAUUCCUCGCUCCCGCGGGCAGCCGGGAAGAUGGCAGCGCCCUCAGUGCCUCUGUAGGGUGGAUCCCGGAGUCCUGAUGACAUCCCAGAAUUCCCAGGUUCAGGAGUACAGCUCUGGGCUGUGCUAAAGAGCUUGCUAUCCAGUCACGGGCAGAGGGGCGUUGCCCUUUAGCAGCAUGGAUUCCGCCUCCUCUCCGGGUGAGACAGGAAGCCUGAGGCAGAGCGCAGAGAAUGAGAGCGAGACAGCAGCGCAUCUCGAGGAUGAUCCUGAAAUAUUGAAGAUAAAGGUAGAGGAGGAGGAUCCAGACUAUGAAUCCCACCCAGAUGCGAUGGGAGGCUCAGCGGCUGCAGCGACUGAUGAGCAAAUAAAAGUGGAGAAAGAAGAUUCCGAGCCCCAGAGUCACGUGACAGACACAGAGAGUAACUCCGAGCCAGAGAUAUUAAAGAUAAAGAUUGAGGAAGCGGAUUUGAAGGAUGAUUGGGGUCUGAAUGCAGUAAAUGGGGAGCAGUUCAAAGUCCGGACUGAGGGGGGCAGUAGCGUAAGGCACAAGGGUAACUCUCCCUGCAGGAAGCCCUCUUGGUUGGCCUGUAUGAAAUGUGGCAAAAGUUUCACUGCCCUAAUUGAUUUCCACACUCACCCCUGCGCUGGGCGUAGGUGGAACAGUACAGCCACACACAGAGGGGCACAGUUACUGGUCGGUGAUCCCUGUCAGACGCCGCAGCUUUUCCACACAGGGGAGGAGCCAUUCACAGAGGCACAAAAUGGGAUAAUCCACCCUGGGGAGAAACCAUUCACCUGCAGGGAGUGUGGCAAGAGCUUUUCCCACAGGAGCAGCCUCUACAAACACCAAAAGGUACAUACGGGGGAGCGAUUCUCCUGUACGGAAUGUUUGAAAAGCUUCACCAUAAAGAGCGACCUCCUGCGGCACCACAAAGUCCACACCGGGGAGAAAGCGUUUAUCUGCACCGAAUGCGGGAAAGGGUUUUUCCAAAAGAACCAACUGCUCCGACACCACAAGUCUCACACGGGGGAGCGACCGUUCAUGUGCACAAAGUGCGGCAAAUGCUUUACGUUCAAGAGCACGCUGCAGUGCCACCUCAAGGUGCACACCGGGGAGAAACCGUUCACCUGCACCGAAUGCGACAAGAGGUUUGCGCAAAAGCACGACCUCUACACCCACCGAACCGUUCACACAGAGGAGAAACCCUUCACCUGCGGCGAGUGUGGGAAAGGAUUCAGUCUAAAAAAUCAACUCCGUCGGCACCAGAAGGUUCACACCGGGGUGAAACCAUAUACCUGCACCGAAUGCGGCAAAAGCUUCUCCCUCAAAAGCAAACUGCGCCGGCACCAGAAGAUCCACACGGGGGAGAAACCAUUCAUGUGCAUGGAGUGCGGCAGGAGGUUCUCCCACAAGCACGACUACUACAUCCACCAGAAAGUGCACACUGGGGAGAGACCGUUUACCUGCACCGAGUGCGGCAAAAGAUUCGGCCUAAAAAGCACCCUGCACCGGCACGAGAAGGUUCACACCGGGGACAAACCGUAUUUAUGUACAGAAUGCGGCAAACAUUUCACUCUAAAGAGCUCCCUCAGCCGGCACCAGAAGCUGCAUAUAGCGGGGGGCAAACCACUGGCCUCCACUGGGAAACAGUCUGUGUGACGGAUAACAUGUGACUGUAACGUGCGGUAAUGGCUGCCCAGGCACCGAGCCGCUACUGCAGGACACAAGCCUGAUAUUUGCACUCUCUAUGGGGAAGUCUGUCUGAUUAAAGACUUCCCAGUUACUGAGCAAUCA